UAUCGCUUCGCGCAUACAUCUCGGGCGAUAAAAACAUCCCUUCUCUGUCAUGUUGCCAUCUUCGAACAGAAACUGCUCGUUUCUCUACCCUGUGUUUUAGGUGUGUUAACCCCUCUGGUGUAAUAUCAUCGUCAGAUGAAAAAGUAGCCCAUAAGGGUUAGCCAACGAAAGAUAUUAAACAGAACAAUAGGCAAUUUUACGUAUCAUCAUAAUAUAAGUAAAAUAAAAUGGAUCACACGUAAUCCAACGUAUUAAUAUAAAGUAAGAAAUAUCGCGCAUCUAUUAUUUCCUCAUAAAACGAAAAAACCUAAUAUUUAGCUAAUAAGAACUCGAUAUUUGACGAUUAUACUCGAUCCUCUAAUGACGCGAAGGGUUACUCCGUACCAUAUUGCCUCUUAACCCUCGGAAACCUCGUUUUCUCACCCCGAAAAACGCCACUCUGUUAUCGUUGUCCGCGACCAUUGCUUUCGUCGAAACCUCGAUCGCUAUCACGGAUCCUACCGAUCAAGAGCGAAGAGGGGAGAAAUAGAGGAAGAUCGGCGACGCGGUUCAUUUCGACCGCAACGUCACGUUUCUAUCGUCGAAAACUCUAACCAUCGUGGUCGAUGUUGGCGUGAAUAAAUAGCCAGUGACCAGGCUGGUGCACAGCCUCCGCAGCGAUGUCCUGUUUGACCGCUCUCGAUUCGCAGAUCGUUUCCCUGCUCUCCGUGCCGCACGAGAUCCUCUUCCUGCAGCACAAGGUCUUUCGAGAGUAUGCCAAGAUCGCCGUUGGCCCGGACUUCAUCCACACCUUGCCCUCGUUUUUAAUUCUGACCUCUAUGGCGAUCGUUCUGUGGAGGAAUCCACCCUGUUGCAACGGGUUAGCUGAAAGCGUAGCCUCGACGAUGGUGUACAAAGGUCUUCAGCUGCUGGUCAGCUGGGUCGUCGCUAUCGCGGUUUUCUGGCUCUGGCUCAUGAUGCAGAGGCUGCUCUACUGCUGCGUCUGGACGUCUUGGGGUUACGAAUCCGAAUAUCGAGACGUCUCCUACCAGUGGUGGCAACAAGUUUGGUCAUCCUAUUAUCCUCCGCCGUUGCGACCGCCAGCGAUGUCAGCUGGUUUGAUCAGCUGGUUGAUAUCGAUGUCGAUCGCCACAACUGUCUUAGGCUGCGCGAUUUCCGCGAAUCGAGUGUGGAACUUGGUCACGGAAUCUAUGGCUGGAGCAAAGGACGCGCUCGUGAUGGUGAAACGUUACGCAAAGUCAUGCUUCAAGAGUAUCGUAACGUGCGUACUGCAACCACACUGGCCGCAACAAGAGCCCCUGCUAAUCGAGAAGAAGAUGAACGCGCCGAUGAACGACAGCGAGGCCAGCUCCAUCUGCGACGAGUGCCGAUCCGAGAUCUCGAGCGACCUGAUCAACGAAUCUCGAAGAGAAAUCCUGCCGAUAUCCUACGGCACGAACUGGAUGCCAAAGCCGAGUUUCUCCGGCUACAAGGACGCUCAGAGGAAAGCGUCCAUGAAGUCUCUGCACACGGUAGCCGUGGUGAACGACAUCCAGGACUCCGACGACCUAUCGCCCCGACAAUUACGUUACAAACGCGGAUGUCACACGGUGAUACCUAACAACUCGAGCGACCAGUCGAGCGGCUGCUGACGAACGGACGACUAAGCUGCGCGUCGUUGAAUGGCCAACUUUAAAGGUGCUGUUGUACGAUAAACGGCGUUGCUAAACGAGAUCCGAUAUUCUGGCUGGCAAUGGAAAAUUUUGACCGAUUUUCUGGGUCGCUGUUGCUCGGACGGGAGCCUGAAUAUAGAAAUUGAUUUUUAUACGCGACACGCGAAGAUUAACAACGACGUACCAAUGACGAGUAAAUCGGAAUGUUUAUGAGCGCAUUGCGUGCUUAGGAUGGAUUCGACUGGCGACAGGUCCGAGAGACGUGGUACAAAUUGGGUCGCUACGCGUGUUCUUCCAAUGACACGCCGAACGACCCGGUUCCAAGGGUAUAAAUAAAGGGGAAGUUCGAUAGACGUUCGUGGCUGUGGGGUAGGAAAUGGACAAGUUCAGUUGCAAGGACGCCCAUGGUCGUAUAUUUUUUAAUACAGACGCGGAAGGAUAGCACAGUGUUUACCGAUGAACUAUCCUUGGUCGACGACGUAUUAUAUAUUUUUUUUUAAAGGCCACAGAAAAAUUCAAAAGCUUUUAGAAACUAUAUAAUAUAGUGCUCGUCUGAUCUUUCCUAUCUAUGGUAGGAACGAUUAGAUAGAACGAUGUAGGUGUAAAAUAUUAUAGAAACUAUUGUAUUGUACCAUAAAAAUUAUACGCCUACGUAUUUUUCCAUAAUCUUGAUGCUCUUUUUUAUUGCCUGGUUAAGUCUCU